AUGGCGAACGAUAAUAGUAACAUUACUGGUCAGAGAAUUAGCAUUAGCGACGAACGAGAAUAUUCUUCUGAUGUGCCUAGCAGCUGGUUAAUCCGGUUCAUGCGCGGGUUACUUAAUAUUGAUGAUACAAUAGCUGGAGUUUUACCUGCAUCAAAAAAAUCAAUAGAUGCUAUGCCUAAAACCAUACUCACCGAUAAAAGUGGCGUCGUAGAGUGUUCAAUUUGCUUAGAUGAGAUUGGUAUCGGCCACGAGAUUUGUAAGAUGCCAUGCAACCAUGGCUUUCAUUCGAGUUGUAUUCGAAAGUGGUUGAAUAUUCAUGCGACUUGUCCCGUUUGUCGAUACAUUAUGCCUGAUGAUCCACAAGGACAAGAAGAAAAAGAAGAACGACGAGCAGAUGAAGAUCGUAAUGCAGAUAAUGAUGGUGAUGGUGACGGUGGUUUGGAAAAUUUUCAGCUGCAGAUGUGGAGAUUUUUCGGUAUUGAGAGUAGGGUUCCUCGAUCGGAACUUUUUUCUACGGAGAGUUCGGGUGAUAUGGGUGUGGGUCCGAGUCUUCUGAGUCUAAUGAUGAUCGAGUUUUAUAUCUUUUAG